AUCUAAGAUGGCGACUGUGGAACCGGAAACCACCCCUACUCCUAAUCCCCCGCCUACAGAAGAAGAGAAAACAGAAUCUAAUCAGGAGGUUGCUAACCCAGAACACUAUAUUAAACAUCCUUUACAGAACAGAUGGGCACUCUGGUUUUUUAAAAAUGAUAAAAGCAAAACUUGGCAAGCAAACCUUCGGCUGAUCUCUAAGUUUGAUACUGUUGAAGACUUUUGGGCUCUGUACAACCACAUCCAAUUGUCUAGUAAUUUAAUGCCUGGCUGUGACUACUCACUUUUUAAGGAUGGUAUUGAGCCUAUGUGGGAAGAUGAGAAAAACAAACGAGGAGGACGAUGGCUAAUUACGUUGAACAAGCAGCAGAGACGAAGUGACCUGGAUCGCUUUUGGCUAGAGACACUGCUGUGCCUUAUUGGAGAAUCUUUUGAUGACUACAGUGAUGAUGUAUGUGGAGCUGUUGUUAAUGUUAGAGCUAAAGGUGAUAAGAUAGCAAUAUGGACUACUGAAUGUGAAAACAGAGAGGCUGUUACACAUAUAGGGAGGGUAUACAAGGAAAGGUUAGGACUUUCUCCAAAGAUAGUGAUUGGUUAUCAGUCCCAUGCAGAGCGGCUCCACCACUAAAAAUAGGUUUGUUGUUUAAGAAGACACCUUCUGAGUAUUCUCAUAGGAGACUGCGUCAAGCAAUCGAGAUUUGGGAGCUGAACCAAAGCCUCUUCAAAAGCAGAGUGGACUGCAUUUAAAUUUGAUUUCCAUCUAAAUGUUGCUAAGAUAUAAGAGAAGUCUCAUUCGCCUUUGUCUUGUA